AUGACUUUCCAUCCCGAUACUCUCCCCGAUCUCAAGGGCAAAGUAUUUAUAGUCACAGGUGGGAAUUCGGGCAUAGGCUACUACAGCGUAGCUCACUUAGCAGGACACGGCGCCCACGUUUAUAUGUGUGUCCGAUCUUUGGAAAAGGGCACAGCAGCCAUAGCCAACAUCAAGGAAAUCCACCCCUCAGCCCAUGUUGAUCUCCUACACAUGGACCUCAUGGACCUCACCAGUGUGGUCGUGGCCGCGAAGCACUUCCUCGCCCGCGAAGCAGCCCUGCACGGCCUGAUCAACAACGCAGGUAUCAUGGCGACACCCUUUGAAAUGACCAAAAAUGGCCACGAGUCUCAGUGGCAGACGAACUACCUCGCGCACUGGGUUCUGACAGAGCGCUUGCUUCCUCUGAUGCUGCAGACUGCCAAGACGCUUCCAUCCGGCAGCGUGCGCAUCGUCAACCUUACGUCGUCCGGCCACUUGAGCGCACCCAAGAGUGGCAUUGAUUUUAAGGAUACAUCACUCAAAAAUAGCAGUCCGUGGCUGAGGUACGGACAGAGUAAGCUCGCCAACAUUCUAUACACCAAGACCUUGCACAAGACGUACGGCCCAGGCUCUCUCAAUGCGCAGAACGGGGAAGGGGAGAUCUGGGUUUCGGCCGUGCACCCAGGCUUGGUUGAGACGAGCCUUGCCACGUCGGUGGUGGAAUCGAGGUCCGGCAUAAUGUACAUUCUUUCAGCCUUGCGCAUGUUUGGACUGAUAUGGUCCGCCGAUAAAGGGUCGUGGACCAGUUUGUUCUGUGCGGCAAGUCGGGAUAUGAAGCCGGAGCAGUGCGGUACAUACUUGGAAAUUUUCCAGCGGUUUGGGGAACCGAGAUGGCAGAGCGGUGCAGCGAAGGAUGAGAUACUGGCCGAGAGACUGGAAGAAUGGACUGGGGACGUGAUGAGGAAGCAAGGGUGGGCUCUAUAA